CUUAUUUAUUCUUACAGUAAAUUUAAUUUUCUAUUAUACAGAGACCUCUUAAAUUCAAAGCAGGAAAAACUUGAGAUCAAAAUGAAUGCUGACGGGACACUUUUUGUGCAGCGACUCAGCAUUAUUCCGGUGACAGAUUUGAAUGCUGUCAACAGAUUAUUUGAAUUUGGACGAUCCAAUCGUGCGACAGCGAGCACGAACAUGAACGAACACUCGUCACGCUCACACGCUGUGCUCAUGGUAACAGUCACUGGGAAAAACAAAACCACUGGUCUUGAAACAAUAGGAAAACUGAACCUGAUUGACCUUGCUGGUUCAGAGCGCGUUUCUAAGAGUGGAGCAUCAGGAGAUAGAUUAAAAGAGGCUCAAAAUAUUAACAGAAGUUUAUCAGCACUUGGUGAUGUUAUUCACUCUCUGAGAAACAAGCAGAGCCAUGUUCCAUUCCGUAACUCAAAGCUCACUUACCUGCUACAAGAUUCAUUGAGUAAAGACAGCAAGACACUGAUGGUUGUUCAAGUUUCCCCAGUUGAGAAGAACGUCAGUGAAACUGUUUGUUCUCUUUCCUUUGCACAACGUGUGAGGCUUGUCGAGCUUGGACAAGCUUCAAAGAAAACCAAAUCAUAAGUUUUGUACAACAACGUUUUUCUGUUUUCUAGCUUAGGCAGUAUUUUUUAUGAAUGAUUCCAUUUGUAGCACACAGCACAGUAUUUUUAUAGUUUUCUCACCACUUAAUAUCAUUAUUACACGCCAUGCAGUAUGCUGUCUACUUUUAGAAUUUUUCCACAUGUAGAGAUUAUACCAUAGAAAACCAAUCAUGCCAUACCUGUUCGGUGCUCAAUCUGUCUUUUUGCCAUUUUGUCAAAAAAGUUCAUAUAAAUCAGAGAAUGUUUUUAUUACCCCGGUGUACUAGCAGCUUUCAUAUAAUAAUCAAAAUGCUUAUUAUUUUUACAUGAACUAUAUCUUACACACCAUAGCACAGCCUGUUGCCAACGCUCUCUCUCUUUUCAACUUUGCACUUUUUCAAUGUGUUCUACACACAUGUAUUCCUAGCCUUAAAUCAUCGCAUUGUGGUACAAUAUGUUUAUGCAGCCAUUCCAGCCUAAUUUUAUACUGCCUGGGUAUAUGCUACAACAUUUCUGUUUUAAUAAUUAUCAAUUUCAUAUGCUCUCAUAAAUCUUAAUUGCCUUUAAUCAUUUAUAAGCAACCAUGCAGUGCCUGGUCUUCUAUUAUGCAUUUCUUCUGUACAGCUUUUAUAUUUUAGUAUUAAGCUGAAAAUAAAUCAUUUUACAAAAUUU